GUGUGACCAAACUCUUCCCUAAAAUCGUCAACAACGAGGCACUAUUGCACUGAUUGAACCAACUGCAAUUCCUCCCCUAUUGUAUUAACCCCUGCAAUUCCUCCUCGAAACGCAGUUCACACAAGCAUUUCCUUACUUCAUACGAUCCUCUUCUGCAAAUGGAAACCACUCUUCAAUCUUCUUCGAUUUUCCAAAUAAUUCCAUCUUUUUCCAAUUAUCAUCACCUCAGAAAUCCCGCUCUUGCUUUUAGACUUUCAAAUUUUACCAUAAAUUCCUCCAUUUCCUGCAACGCAACUUCAAAGGCAGCUUCGUGUUCAGCAGGUGACAGGCAACGGCGAAUAAGUAGUGUAGAAUCUCAUUAUUGUUAUGAUAAGGAUAUCCCGGAGCAAAUAAUUGAGAAACCAAUAGGCUUAUCAGUUGUUGAGAAAGAAAUUGGGGAUCAACCGCGUUGUGAUGAUUGUGAAGCUAAGGGUGCAGCACUUUGUGCAACCUGUGGUGGUUCCGGCUUGUACGUUGAUUCCAUAUUAGAGUGCCAAGGAAUCAUCCUUAAAGUUCGAUGCCUGGGCUGUGGAGGUACGGGCAACAUCCUGUGCUCUGAAUGUGGUGGAAGGGGCCACUUGUGAGUAGCUAGCUACAUCAGUAUGGUGGUUAUUUUGCUUCUGUAUUUUUGUAUCAGCUGUCUGUUGUGGCUAGUUUAAUCUCCCAAAACAUCAGCUACGUAACAUAAUUUCUAGGUAAUUUAAUAUUUAUCUUCCUGCUCACCUUAUUUUUCGAUUAUUUUGCUGUUACAACAUCAUUUAAGCAUUUUCAGAUUUUAGGCGUGCUGUUUA